UGUUUCCCACUUAUUAGCUCGCCUUUAAGAAGAAGAAGUCAAAAGUAACAGACAAAGCUUUAGCCAGUAAUCCAGAGAAAGCACUAGACUUCUCAUUCAAUUCAUGUUCGAAUGAAGCUGAGAGAUUUUGAAUGAAGAGAGCAAGUUGAACGUAGCAGAGAAACAAUCGAGGCCAUGUCCAACGUAGCACCCGCACUCUGCUUUGUGAUCUUGCAGUUUCUGCCUUCUUGUUGGUCACAAACCAAGUCCGAAACAUACAUCGUCCACAUGGACACUCUAUCCAUGCCAAAAGUGUUCUCCGACCAGCGCAGUUGGUACUUGGCCACUCUUUCUUCUAUAUCAGAGGGUGGAGCAACAUCAACUCCUCUCGACAAGCUCGUUUACACUUACAGUAGCUCGGUCCAAGGCUUCAGCGCGACUCUCUCCAGGCCGGAGCUUGAAUCUCUCAAGAGAUCCCCUCACUAUGUAUCCUCCACCCGUGACCGCCCCCUCAAGCUCCACACUACGCACACUCCCAGCUUUCUCGGACUGAACUCUGUCUCCGGUGCUUGGCCUGCUUCCGAGUAUGGCAAUGAUGUAAUAAUUGGGUUCGUGGACACCGGGAUUUGGCCGGAGAGCGCGAGCUUCCACGACAACGGGAUCCCUGCGAUUCCCUCAAGAUGGAAAGGAUCGUGUGUCUCUGGCGGCGACUUCAACGCCUCCUUGUGCAACAAGAAAAUCAUUGGAGCCCGGUUUUACCACCGCGGCCUAGUAGCAAACAAUCCCAAAGCAAUUAAAGUUUCAAAGGACUCGGCACGCGACACUGUUGGCCAUGGGACACAUACUUCUUCAACGGCUGCUGGCAAUUGGGUGAGAGGCGCAUCUUAUUUCGGUUAUGCUCCUGGAACCGCUGUAGGAAUGGCGCCGAAAUGCCGAAUCGCCAUCUACAAAGCAGCGUGGAAACACGGGGUGUAUGCUUCAGACGUUAUUGCAGCCAUAGAUCAGGCCAUAGAGGACGGAGUCGACAUACUGUCUCUAUCCAUGGGCUUUAGCUCGGGCGAUGCCAGUUCACUCGGGCAAGAUCCGAUCGCAGUGGCGACUUUUGCUGCUAUCAAAAGGGGGGUUCUUGUGGUGGCAUCAGCUGGGAAUGACGGGCCACUUCACUGGACAUUAGUCAACGGCGCGCCAUGGCUAUUCACUGUGGGCGCAAGCACCGUAGACAGAGAAUUCCUUGGAACUUUGACAUUGGGAAACGGUGUCCGGAUCGACUUCUCAACCUUAUACCCUGGGAAAUAUUUCUCUAGCCGACUUCCUAUCACACUCAUGGACGCUUGCGACAACAUCCAGAAAUUGGAGAGAUUUCGGGACAACGUGAUCGUGUGCGUCGCCAAACUUAUUAGCAUCGGUGAACAAAUCGAAAACGUGUUAUCUGCUAGAGUCUCCGCAGCUGUUUUCAUUUCCAGCGUCUACUCAUCGGAAUUCUACACCAGAAUCUCAUUUCCAGCUGCAUUCGUUGGCGUACAAGCGGGGCAGGCCUUAAUAGACUACAUCACUAAGAGCAAUGAUCCCACAGGAACGCUUGAAUUCCGAAAAACCGAGCUAGGAAAAAAGCCAGCCCCACGCGUGGAAGGGUACAGCUCGAGGGGGCCGUACUCGAGCUGCCCUGACAUCCAGAAACCCGAUGUCAUUGCCCCGGGAACACUAGUGUUGGCAUCCUGGACUCCAAAAAGUUCUGUUGCCAAGGUUGGAUCGGGCCGCCUUUUGUUUAGCGAUUUCAAUCUCAUGACCGGCACGUCGAUGGCCGCUCCCCAUGUGGCGGGUGUGGCGGCCCUAAUAAAGGCGGCGCAUCCAACAUGGACACCUGCGGCCGUACGGUCUGCACUCAUGACCACGGCCUAUGCCCUGGACAACACCGGGAGCCCCAUAAAAGACGCUGCAAACUUCGACCUGCCGGCCAGCCCGCUCGCCACGGGAUCGGGCCACAUCGACCCAAACAAGGCCCUCGACCCCGGGUUGGUCUACGACUUGCAGGCCGAGGACUAUCUAAACCUUCUCUGCGCGAUGAAGUACAGUCAGAAGAAGAUCAAGAUCAUCGCAAAGUCCAGCCACAGCUGCAGAGACGCCUCCAACUCCUCUCGCUCCAGCUUCAAUUACCCAUCUUUCAUUGCCCUUUUUGGUGAUGGUGAAGCUGGUUCUGGAGCUGUGGUGAGAGAGUUCAGGAGGGAGGUGACCAAUGUUGGGGAAGACCAAUCCAGCUAUAGUGCUAGAGUGGUUGGCAUGGAGGGGUGGAAGGUGAGGGUGGACCCACCAAGGUUGGUGUUUAGGCGAAGGAAUGAGAAAAAGAGGUACAAGCUCACUGUUGAAGGGCCACGGGUGUUGAGAGAUGGGUUGGUCCAUGGUUCUUUGAGUUGGGUGGAUGAUAGGGGAAAAUACAUUGUGCGGAGUCCCAUUGUGGCCACCAGCCUAGUUCAGGAAUCCCCUUGAAGGGCAUUAACUGUAACUACAUAAGUAUGCCAUGGUCUAUAUUGAAAUAAAGCAUACUUUUG